AUGCUGGGGUUGCAGGAGGAGCCUGGAGAGGGGGGAGGAGGCGCCGCGAUGAGCGACGCGUCAGAAUGCGAGGAGGCAGAGAAGAGUCUGCACCAGAUCCUCUCGGCGCUAUCAACUUCCAUAACAGAGAAACGAUCGUUGCAGGAAGCGAAAGUGAAGAUGGAAGGGGCCCUUGCGGAGCAUCAGAAGAGUUUGCUGCGACUGAGAGAAGCUGACGGAAGAAGGGGCAUGGAGCUCGAGGCGCUCAAAUCUGCCAUGGAAGUUCUGAAGAAGAAGUCCAGCGAGCGGGAGGAUGCGUUGCUGAAGGAGAUGGAAGAGAUGAGAAGGCGGCAUGGCGAGGACAUCGAUAGAAUCAGCCAGUCAAAGUCACAUGCGAUCGAGGAUAUCGAGAGGAGUUACAGUGAGGCGUUGCGGACGGCGCAGGGGAGAACUCAGGAGGUCCGAGAGGCAGAGAGAGAAGCAGCCGAGAAAGCGACCCGACUGGAUCGAGAGGUGGAGGGACUGAGAGCACAACUACGCCAAUGUGAGAACGAGCGAAACUACCAGGCGUCCUGUCUCGAAGAGGAGAGAAAGAGUUUCAACAGAUUCCGGGAGGAGGCACAACGCAAGAAGGCUGAACUUGAACGCAGAGUCCUCGAGCUGGAAACCAAAGACUCUGAGCUCCAGAGCAAGAACAGGACCUUGCAGCUAGAUCUUCAAGCGGAGAGGACAGAGAGGGAGAGGCUCGUCCAGUCUCUGAGGGAGGAGAUCCAAUCCCUCACGGAGUCAAGGGAGAAAGCGCGGAAAGAAGCAGGACACGCCUUUCGUUCCACAGAGCAUGCAAACGAGGAGAGCAUGCAGGCCAAGGCUCAUGCAGCCCAGCUGACAGAGACCGUGAAGCGCCUGCAGACGUCUCUCGCUCAGGUGGGAGGCGAGCUGGAGGGUGUCAAGGCAGCCAAGUCGCAGCUGGAGAGGGAGCGCCAGUCCGAGAUGGAAAGCCUGGAGGAGCUGAGAAGAGCGCUGAGCCUUCGGCAACAAGACCUCAAGGACAAGCGACUGCGAGCCCUCGACCGCCUUGUCUCCUUCAGGAAAGGAGCUUCCCCAGCACAAGGGGAGGAGAACCGGCCUGUCAACGGCAGGGAUUCGCCUGCUGGUCUGCCUCAGAGUCCAAAAGAGGGCAACGAGGCCGCAAGAGAGGCUCGCUAUCAGCUCUCCCAGAUUCCCAAGUUCGUCCCGAGUCAACGCCCUGAGACUUCAGACGAGGAGGAGGCGGAGAGUAAAUCAGGACAGGACGGGAGCUCCACACACGAAGAGCCCCUGUCAGCAAGACCAGUCCCGUCCGACACGUCGCCGUCUCCUCCUCGUCUUGAGCAGCGAUGGAACGAGGAGAGGAUCGCAACUUUGGGGAGGAGAGAGGUCCGGGGGCUGACAGAGGUGUAUGUGGUGUCAGCAAGGAACCUCCCAGAGAGGUUCAACGAGAACAUCGCGGUCGAGGUCAACUUGCAGGGACAGAUGGCCCGCACAAGGGCAAGCGUGGCGGGCAAGCUAGAGUGGCAUGCUCACUUCAGACUUCCUUCCGAAGACCCGAAUAAGGACCUCGUUCUCUUUGACCUCAUCAAAACUUCUCGGAGGGAGCUGAUCGGACGAGUUGCCAUCCCUCUCAAUCGGGUGGUCAGGAAGGGACGAGAGGCCGGCUGGUACGAGCUGAGAAACCAGAGUGGCCACCUUGUCAAAUCGGAAUCAGGGGAGGCGGCGAUGCUUCAGAUCGGAUGUGCCGUGGGAUCAAGUCUGGCUGCCCAGCAGAGGGGUUAG